AUGGCGCCAAGAAACAUAGAACAGUUAGUGUCUGUUGAUCUUUCACAUGAGAACUUUGGGCCCAAAGUUCGACCAAAUAAGGAAUGUGACGGUUACACCGCCGAAGCAUUACUGGCUUUCAAGCAGAGCUCUUCAAGGUUGAAUCCCAAUGGCUUCUUGAACCACCGAGACCAUUCUGGUUCUUCACAUUCAUGCCCCUGGCAAUGUGUCACCUGCUCUUUUAAUGAUGGCGAUGUUACAGCUCUCGACCUUAGCAAUGGUGGUCUAGUUGAUCGCUUACAGAUGGAUGAUCUCAAGAACAUGAAAAAAUCUUCGGCAGCCGAAGCAUUACUGGCUUUCAAGCAGAGCUCUUCAAGGUUGAAUCCCAAUGGCUUCUUGAACCACCGAGACCAUUCUGGUUCUUCACAUUCAUGCCCCUGGCAAUGUGUCACCUGCUCUUUUAAUGAUGGCGAUGUUACAGCUCUCGACCUUAGCAAUGGUGGUCUAGUUGAUCGCUUACAGAUGGAUGAUCUCAAGAACAUGAAAAAAUCUUCGGCAGUCCAACAGAUACCUCACAACUGA